AUGUUGUUCAGUGCAUCUGCCUCUGUAGCCGAUUUAAUAUGGAGCGAUGAAUUUGACGGAGCUGCUAUAGACCAAGGCAAGUGGGGUUAUGACAUCUUACCGGCAUACAAAUACAACAACGAGUUGCAAGAGUACACCUCGGCGUCAGCCAACUCGUUUGUAAAAGACGGCCUUCUGCAUAUAAGUGCCGUUCCUAUGGGGAUGGGAGGUAUACCAGCGCCCGAAUGGUGCCACGCAACAAAGGAGACUGGACGGCUCUGGCCAGCCAUAUGGAUGCUACCCACGGGCAGUCCUAACAAAUGGCCGAAGGGUGGCGAGAUUGACAUACUGGAACACGUCACAUGUGAUGCUAAUCGAGUGCACGCCACGGUACAUACAGGCGCCUAUAAUUGGCCUAUGAACAAGCAGGUGGGGUCAUCUAUAAGUGUCCACGAUGUGCGAGAUUUCCACGAAUACGCUCUGGAAUGGUCCCCUACUGCUGUGAUAGUGUUGCUAGAUGGAAACGAGUACUUCUCGUUCGACAAUGACAACACGAAGGAUCUUUUGACAUGA